AUGCCUCCGGUAGGAAUCAUAAUUACUGUCACCGUCCUGGUGGCAGCCAGUAUAGCCGCAUAUGAGAAUCCUCAAGUACGAGCAUGGAUAGACCGUACAAGGCACAGGAUCGCUAUGGGUUUGUACUCCCUCGGCGAUGAAAUUGGCCCCAGACCCCGUCCGCGACGCACAUCGACAGAUGCCUCCAUGCAUGAGGAGAAGGGUGAGUUGGCCGAAGAGCGACGACGUCAAGCGAUCGCCGAGAUCAUGGAGCGUGGACGGAUCAUGGAGGAGCGAAGGAAGAGAAGAAGGCUCGCUGAGCAAGAGAAAGAAAUACCGUCAAGCCCGACCUUCGAUAACCUAGUGGACAAAGACGGGGUUUUGCUACAACCCGCACAAGAUGAGCAGUCAAUUCCAGCAGCACACUCGUCCGGAGUCGACCCAUUGGCGCAGCCAGCGGCUUUGCGGCAGAGGCCAUUCCCUUCAUACCAAGAGCAGCUCCCGUCCCUUCCCCCUCAGUCGAUGGACGCACCUUGUUCUGUGAGGCAGUUCAAUGAGAGCCAGCCAAACCAAUUCGAGUCAAGAUACGAGCGGGAAAUGCGUGAAGCAUGGAAUUUACCUUUGUCCGGCAGAGCUAUUGAAAUCUUGUCCAGCCAUGCUUCAGAGAGCCUGAUUGAGCUUACACCCACGACAGAAGGUGUCCCUGAUCCAGACUUCUCCAUUCCGUCUGCCGAGUAUUUCAACCGCCCAUUAGAACGGUCAGAAUAUUUUUCUGCGGCGGGUUCGGAUUCGACGCACACUCUCUCUGACCACGAGUCGCAAGCGUCGCUUCCGGUCCAGAGCACAUAUCUAGACGUGCCUCAAAAUGUUAUUGCCAAUCGAUUCCCCCUCGAUGCAACACCACCGGCUUCAUUGACACCCAGCAUUGCUGGCAGCGCAAGCAGCAUUCACGCCAGCGAAGCGGAGGAGAGUUCCGAUGAUAUCCUCAGCGACUUUGCAGAUGCUAUACGUACCCCUUCAAGUGCUUGGACCGACGUCGACAGCACCGUCAGCGGGGACUUCCAUUUGUAA